GAAUCCAAAAGGGUUCUACCUGGAACCAAAAAUGGUUUGUACCUCAAACCAUAAAUGGUUGUCCUAUCGACACAGCCGAAGAGUAAGAAGAGCUGAAAACUUGGUACCAUGUCAUCCUCUUGCUCCCUCCUCCUCUUCCUCCUCUCUCUGAGCGGGGUGAAGCUGAUCUCAGGGUUUAAGAUCUGUGCCUUUAACGUCCAAAGCUUCGGAGACUCCAAGUCACGCAACACUGAAGUGAUGCACACACUAAUACGGAUUGUGUCUCGUUGCGAUGUGUGCCUGCUACAGGAAGUGAGAGACACUAAACAGAAAGCCAUACCGCUGCUGAUAACGGAACUGAACAGGCAUAACAGCCAGAACCAGUAUGAUUAUGUGGCCAGUGAGCGGCUGGGCAGGACACCUAGCUACCAGGAGCAGUACGUGUUUGUGUUCAGGAUCGGCUCUGUGACAGUAACAGAUCAGUACCAGUAUUCUGACAUGUUGCCGGGAGACGAGGAUGCCUUCUCCAGAGAACCCUUCAUCAUCCGCCUUCACACCCCCAAGACAGCCAUACGGGACUUUGUGUUAGUACCCCAGCACACCACUCCCACCAACGCUACUAAAGAGAUCGAUGCCCUCUACGAUGUCUUCCUGGAUGUCAAGAAGAAAUGGAAGACAGAGACGGUGAUGUUCCUAGGGGAUUUUAACGCUGACUGUGGCUACGUGGCCAAGAAGAACAGGCAGCAUGUACGUCUCUAUAGUAACCAGGCCUUCCUGUGGCUAAUAGGGGACACAGUGGACACCACCGUUAGACAAACAACCACCUGUGCCUACGACAGGAUCGUGGUCCACGGGGAGGCAUUUGAAAAAGGCAUCGUGCCCCAGUCCGCACAACCUUUCAACUUCGCCAAAGAAUACGGCCUCACAGAGGAACAGGCGCUGGACGUCAGUGACCACUACCCAGUGGAGGUUGAGUUGAAGGCGGGGUCAGAACAUUUGGGAGGCCACGCCCUUCUGAUCAUCCUCAUGACCUUCUUCAUCUCCACCUGAACCUGUGGCCACGUUCCAGGCCGACUAUACUGCAUUGCAUCAACCAAUGGUUGUGUCCCACGUCAAGCAUCAGAUGGCUAUACUGUAUCAUAUGAUGUGUACUGAACAAAAAUAUAAACAAAUAUAAAACAAUUUCAAAGAUUUUA